AUGCAGCGCACGUCGGGCCUCCUGGUUUUCCUCCUGACUCAUAUCGCCUACGCUCAGCAAUCUCUCUGGGGGCAGUGUGGCGGUAGUGGAUAUGUAGGAUCAACAGUCUGCACAGCGUCGGCAACAUGCAGCACUCAGAACCCCUACUAUGCCCAGUGUAUUCCUGCCACUGCGGCAGCAAGCACAACCACCAGCGCAACUUCAACCACCAGCGCAACUACAACCUCCAAGACGACUUUGGUCUCUACCACUACCUCUGCCACAAGUACGACCAAGGGGUCCACUACCAGCACGACUACAGCCGCUACGGUUACCAACAGCGGCAAUCCUUUCAGCGGCUAUCAGCUCUAUGCGAACCCUUACUACUCCUCCGAGGUUUACUCUUUGGCAAUCCCAUCCCUGACCAGCUCUCUCGCCGCCAAGGCUAGUGCAGUUGCUAAGGUUCCAUCUUUCGUCUGGCUUGACACCGCUGCCAAGGUUCCUACCAUGGGAACUUAUCUUGCCGACAUCCAGGCACAAAACAAGGCCGGUGCUAGCCCACCUAUUGCAGGUAUCUUCGUCGUUUAUGACUUGCCAGACCGCGACUGCGCCGCCCUUGCCAGCAAUGGAGAGUACUCGAUCGCCAACAACGGAGUUGCGAAUUACAAGGCGUACAUUGACUCGAUCCGAACUCAGAUUCUCAAGUACUCUGAUGUUCAGACUAUCUUGGUUAUUGAGCCCGACAGUCUCGCCAAUCUUGUGACCAAUCUGAAUGUCGCUAAAUGCGCCAAUGCUCAGAGUGCUUACCUAGAAUGCGUUAACUAUGCGUUGAUUCAGCUCAACUUGCCCAACGUUGCCAUGUACCUUGACGCUGGACACGCUGGCUGGCUGAGCUGGUCCGCUAAUCUCCAACCUGCUGCGACUCUCUUCGCCAAUGUAUACAAGAACGCUUCAUCUCCUGCAGCAGUCCGCGGACUGGCUACUAAUGUUGCCAACUACAAUGCCUGGACAAUCAGUCCUUGCCCAUCCUACACAUCAGGAGACUCCAAUUGCGACGAAAAGCUUUAUGUCAAUGCCAUUGCCCCUCUGCUUCAGUCUGCAGGCUUCUCUGCUCACUUCAUUACCGAUACUUCUCGCAAUGGCGUUCAGCCAACCAAGCAAAAUGCCUGGGGUGAUUGGUGCAACGUCAUUGGCACUGGAUUCGGUGUCCGCCCCACGACCGAUACGGGGGAUGCUCUUCAAGAUGCAUUUGUCUGGGUGAAGCCUGGUGGAGAAUGUGAUGGUACAUCGAACACCACCUCACCAAGAUAUGAUGCCCACUGCGGCUACAGUGAUGCUUUGCAGCCUGCUCCCGAAGCCGGAACAUGGUUCCAGGCCUAUUUCGAGCAGCUGCUUGUGAAUGCCAACCCGUCCUUCUGA